AUGAGUGAAUGGGAAAGAAUGAGAUAUUUAGCCGAGCCUGGUGAGCCGGCUCUUCCUCCACAGCUAUCGCAGUAUGCAGACAAGUCUACUGAAGAGGUCCUGGGAGAGCUCAACAGAUUGCCUCUGUUCAUGAACGAGCUGGACCCUGCCAACGGCGAUGAAGGGGCCAACACGCAGUUAGAGGCUUUAAAGGCUCUAGCUUAUGAGGGUGAACCUCACGAAGUAGCAGGAAAUUUCAAAAACCAAGGGAAUGACUGUUUCAAGGCCAAAAGGUACCAGGAUGCCAUUGAUUACUACAAAAGGGCUCUUGAUGUUGGAUGUGAAGACCCCGUUUUGAACUCUUCUUUGCAUGCGAACACAGCAGCGUGCAAUCUUGCACUCAAAAAUUACAGAAGAUGCAUCAACGAUUGCAAGGAGUGUUUGAAAUAUGACUCCAAGAACAUAAAGGCACUGUAUAGGUCAGCUCAAGCCUACUUUCUCAUCCAGCAUCUAGAUGAGGCUGAGGCGGUGUUGAGCUAUGGUUUAUCGCUUGAGCCCGAUAAUCCGUCACUCGUGAGUCUCCAGGAACAGAUAACAACGAAAAGGGUGCGCCAGAGAGAGUUAGCGUUAAAGAAGGAAAAGGAAUUGAAGGAGAAACAACUGGUAGCAGAGACUCUUCAGCGGGCUUUGACCUUGAGAGGUAUACUCAUGCUCAAUUAUGCAGAACCACUCGAGCACAUGAAGGAGACUACUAUUAAGCUGGAAGAUGCGCAUGAUGUUGAAAGCCAGCUGAUAUUCUCAGUAUUGGUACUAUAUCCUACCACCACCGAAUUUGAUCUGGUUGAUCAGAUAAGUGAACUGACCACUCCCAAGCAGAUCAUGGAAAUGGUGACAAAUCGUGAUCCUGAAUAUUACAAAGACCCUCAGCAUCAGGAGUUCACAACCAAAAAACUCGAGGCCUAUAUGGAAACGGAAUCUGGAGGAGUUGUGAAAGUUGGUAAGAACGUUGAUCUCAGCAAGGUGCUCAUGACCCCCAGCCCGAAGAUUCCUAUGUUUGACAACUAUCUGAAGCUGUAUCUCGUGCCAAAAUCUGCUGCUCCUGAUUGGCUGCAAAAAUGGGAUAAGGAUGUUCAAUUGAAGAGACGUAUAAAGAAAUAA